GAAGAAGAAGAAGAAGAAGAAGAAGAAGUUGGUUGUCAGUCUGAGAGUAAAUAACCGUCAACUGGUCGCUGGCUGGAGAUUUCACGUUUAUCCGUGAAGGAAAAUACGUUGUAUUCGUGGUGAACGAGUAGCUCUCUUGGGACGGUUUAAUUCCUCCGGUUAGAGGUGUUUUACAACUAGCGGUAUGUUCGGGAAGAAGAAGAGGACUCCUUUGCCAAAGGGCCAGGGCGCAACUGCGGCCAAACAGAUGGGUUUGUUUGUGGACUUCAACCCAGAGGAGAUGACGCAGGACAUGGAUGAUCCGACCGUGGGUGAUGCUGAUCUCGAAGCAGAGUUAUCAGCUCUCACUGGGGGCAAGCCUGCUGGAGGGAGACUAAAGCAGAAAGAACCUGCUGCUGAAAAGCAUCCCCAUUGCAUGGUUCUGCCACCACCAUGCUUCACGGAGUGUCUUCAGUCUGGCCACUCCCCCCAUAAAGCCCAGAUUGGUGAAGUGCUGUGGAGACUGUUGUCCUUCUGGAAGUUUCUCCCAUCUCAGCCAAGGAACUCUGUAGUUCCUCUCAGUGAUCAUUGGGUUCUUGGUCACCUCCCUGACCAAGGGCAUCCUUGCCCGGUUGUUCAGUUUGGUCAGACAGCAUUGGGUUCUUGCAUUGGGUUCUUGGUCAUCUCAGCCAAGGGCCUCCUGCCCAGUUUUCAGUUUGAAUGUCCAAGCCCCUUACCUAUGGAGAAUAUAGCCAGAAUGGCAGAGGAGUGUAUGAAGGAUAUAUACGACGACGAUGAUGAUGAUGAUUAUAACCUGGAAGAUGAUGAAGAUUUACUGGCUGAGCUGCAGGAAGUGGUGGGUGACGAGGAAACGGAGGAUCAUGUGACACCCACCUCCACGGAAGAGCCUCCGCGAUCACCACCCCAGUUAGCUCCUCCUGCGGUACCCGGCAGUCUGCAGCACACCUUGGAGGAGAGACUGAGGAUGUACCGGACAGCGGUCGCUCACGCCAAGGCCUCAGGGGAAUCGUCUAAAGCACGGAGAUACGACAGAGGGAUCCAGAGCCUGGAGUCCAUGCUGGUCUCAUUGAAGAAGGGGAGGAAGGUGGAUGAGGCUGACAUCCCCCCACCUGUAGCCGGUGGAGCCCCAACCUCCACCGCCCCCCCACGACGUGCUCCUCCCCCUCCACCCUCUGGUCUUGAACCUGAACCGACACCUCCACAACAGCAGGGGGAGCCAGAGGCUGCUGCUCCUGCUGAAAUGUUACCCGUACCUGUCUCACCUGAGGCAGUAUCACCCAGCAGUGAGGAGGAGCUGUCUAUCUCUACCCUGGCCACUGUCAGCAGCCAUCCUAGCACUGAGGGAGAGGAAGAGACUGGACAGGCCAGCACAGUAGGCGAGGCCACGAAGGCGAUGCUGUUAGGCAGACAGAGGGAGUAUAAAGUGGCGGCUCUGAAAGCCAAGCAGCAAGGAGACAUGGAACAAGUCAAACUCUACUUCAGGACCAGCAAGAGGUUUGACGCGGUGAUCGAAGCGUUGGAGAAGGGGCAGGAGGUGGACCUGAGUUGCCUGCCACCCUCACUAUCCUCGGGGGUCAUCUCAGCCUUAUCUGGCCCAGACAAAGAACCCGGUCCUGGACAGAUGUCAAGCCCCAAUCCCCCUGCCUCCACACCUCCAGCCCCCUCUGCUGUCCCGGCCCAGCCUAAAGACGUCCUGGAGGCCCUGGAGCAGCGGAGAGACCGGUAUCAGGAGGCCUGCGCCCAGGCCAAAGCCAGCGGAGACGACCGCAAGGCCCGCAUGCACGAGCGCAUCGCCAAGCAAUACCAGAGUGCCAUCCGCACCCACAAAGCAGGACGAGCUGUCAACUAUGCUGAGCUGCCUGUCCCCCCAGGGUUUCCUCCAAUCCCUGGCCAGGAGGGGGGGGCGGGAGCUGAGCAGGGAUUCGCUGCCAUGCUGGAGGCAGCCAAUAAGCUGGCAUCUGAGGAAACCAUAGUGACAGGAGAGGAGGAAGGAGAGAAUGAGGAGAGCAAGCCUCCUGUUCCUGAGUCACUGCUAGUGGUAAUAGGAAGUCAUUUCAGAAACACGUUGUUCUUCUCCUCGCCUACAGCGCUACAGCAGUUGGACUUUGUGGAGGGACGCAGGCAGCAGUACGUGAAGGCAGCGUUGCAGGCCAAACAGAAGAACGACAUGGACGCAGCCAGAACCCUGCUCCGUACCGCCAAGGGACUGGAGCCGCUCAUCGACGCCGUCAAGGCAGGCAAACACGUCGACAUCAGCAAGGUGCCGUCGCCCCCUGGUGACGAGGAUGAGGACUUCAUCCUGGUUCAUCACAGUGAAGUCCAGAUCUCAGAGAAGGCAGAUGAGGUCUACACUCAACUGGCCAAGAUGCUCAAGGAACAGUACGAGAAUUGCAUGACUUAUUCCAAGCAGUUCACUCAUCUGGGUAACAUCGCUGAGACCACCAAGUUUGAGAAGAUGGCAGAGAGUUGUAAGAAGAGUCUGGAGAUGUUGAAGCUGUCCCAGUCGAAGAGACUGGACCCUCCUAAACAUCACUUUGAGGAGAGGACAUACCACACCGUCAGGAUCUUCCCAGAGCUCAGUAGUACAGAGAUGGUGGUGGUGGUCGUCAGAGGGAUGAAUCUGCCUGCUCCUUCAGGUAUAGCUACCAAUGAUCUGGAUGCCUAUGUCAAGUUUGACUUCCCCUAUCCCAGUACGGAACAACCCCAGAAACACAGAACGGCCGUGGUCAAGAACACCAACUCCCCAGAGUUCAACCAGGGCUUCACUCUGAACAUCAACCGGAACCACAGAGGCUUCAGGAGAGUGGUCCAAUCGAAAGGACUCAAACUGGAACUGCUGCACAAAGGGGGUUUCCUGCGGAGCGACAAGCCUAUCGGGACGGCCCACAUCAAACUGGAGAAACUGGAGACCGAGAGUGAAGUACGGGAGAUAGUGGAGGUGAUCGAUGGCCGUAAGCCUACCGGAGGACGUGUGGAGGUCAGGGUUCGCCUGAGAGAGCCUCUGAGUGGACAGGACCUUCAGACAACCACAGAACGCUGGUUAGUUCUGGACCAGUCACAGGUUCUUCUCUAACUGCUGCUCAGCUGGGGACAACUAGGAACACUCUAAAAAGAUGAUAAACGCUCCCGUUGUCCUCUGAUGAAGAUGACGGGAUGAUGAUGAUGAUGAAGAGGAGGAUGUUGUCGUGGCUGGCCUGUUUAGUCUUCCAGGGUUCUGGCAGUCCCGACACAGUCAACACGGGUCUUUUAGCUUGUAAACAUUUUGCACACAGAGCGAUGGAGCUUCUCUACACUCUGGGGGUGGGGGGGGGGGUAGAAAUGGGCUCCAUGUUUAGCUAACCUUAAGAUAACAUUGGCUGGGAUUCAAAAGGAGCCUUUUACAGGUCAUCGUUUUCCCCCCCUGAGCUGAUUUUCUGAGUCCUAGUUCAAUACCCUGCUGAUUUUGAAAGACAGCGACGUAGUUAGUCUCUCUCUAAUAUAUUAUUCACCUAUUGCACUUAUUCUACCAAAGUAAUCACUGUUGCUGUACGAUGCUGCAUAUUUCAAUUGCCUUGAAUAUCUGCCCUACUGUUAAUGAUCACAAUGAUAAUGUGUGAUAAUAACUUGCAUCGCUCAAAAAGUACUUCUUUGCUACAUUGUUGGUGGUUGUUCCGAGGACUGUUUUGUUUCUAUUCACUGGAGCAGUUAUAGGUCUGGAUUCAAACUGAUUAAGACCCCCCGUUUUAUAGCAGCUUGACAUUUUUUUUUUGAAAGGGAAUGCAAUCUCCACAUAUAAUAAUAAUAAUAAUAAUAAUAUAAUAAUAAUAAUAUAUGCCAUUUAGCAGACGCUUUUAUCCAAAGCGACUUACAGUCAUGUGUGCAUACAUUCUACGUAUGGGUGGUCCCGGGAAUCGAACCCACUACCCUGGCGUUACAAGCGCCAUGCUCUACCAACUGAGCUACAGAAGGACCACAUACGCGGUAACAUUGCCCUUUUUUAUUUUUUUUUUGUAAAAGCUGCAUUGUUGACGAGCGAGGUUGGAUCCCGUCUCUAAUACCAGAACGGGAUAAUGUUCACGCUCGCACCACAGGUGGACAUGACUGAAUUUACAGAUGUCUAGGCUACCACUGCUACUGGAUGUUCAAAGGCAAAUUGGUCAACUGACAUAAGCAUGUCAUAGGUACUCUCUAAGGUGUCAUAAGGCUACAUGGCUCUUGUGACCGUGUCACUUUUGAGGUGGAUAGUAAUAGAUCUGAUCUUGACCCUCUGUUCCCUAUGGGGCCCUGGUCAAAACUAGUGCACUAAAUGGCGAUUAUGGUGCUGUUUGAGAAAGAUGUCAUUUAUGUUGGGAUUGUUUUGUGUUUUAAACCGAAGAGACUCGUAAGUUUACACUUUAUAGCUGUGAUCCUCCGUACAUAGAUUACCUGUUGGGUUCAGCUGAGCUUUUAGCCAAGAAUUUUUUUUUGUCUGCGUGUAAAUCUUAAAAAUGCUUAACAGCAAAGCCAUUAUGGUUACACGGACACCGAUGCUUUUCAAUGGGGGCGUCCAGUACAGUGUGUUUUGGUAACUGUCCCACGGUCUGAGCCAAUUAUAUCCACCCAUUCUCUACUGAUAGCCAAUUAUAUCCCACUAGAACUUUACAAUGCUGUUUCUAUCAGAAUAUUGUGCAUCAAUGUGGUCCCGUCAAUUCAAAAUAUAUAUUUUAUUAGUUUAACAAAAUGCUUCCUCUGCUCCAAUAUGUUUAUGUAUAUUGGCAAGUUUAUCAUGAGACUAAAACUGUACACUUUUAUAGGACCUAAAAGGUACCUUUAAAAAAAGUCCCAAAAUGUGUAUUUGUGGCAUAAACGAAGCAUACAUUUUUAAGACUGCUUUUGACAUUUGUAAGAUUCAAUAAAGGAAAAAAAUGAU